AUGGUGGAGUGUUCAUGGAAAGUGCUUGUGCUGUUAGUGUUUGCAUCCCUGGGAAUCCAAUACACAGCCAUUAAGUCCAUCAGGAUGAACUUCAUAUCACCUUGCAGGAGCGUGACAGCCGAAAAUCGCUGUGGAAACAUCAAAGAAAAUGCUGCAAGAGCUUUCUGUGAAGAUGAGAAUGGACAGGAGAGCAGAAAGCACAUCCUUAUACUUGCUACUGCCAGAAGUGGAUCUUCAUUUCUUGGGCAACUUUUUAACCAAAAUCCAGAUGUCUUCUAUCUAUAUGAGCCUCUUUACCAUGUACAGGGUAUGUUUUCCAAUGCCAAUGGGCUGCCUACAUUAGAGAGGAGAUCACUUCUUGGGGCCUACAGAGACCUGCUGCAUAACCUAUAUGACUGUGACUUCUAUCUCCUGGAAAAUUACAUCAAGCCAGCCCCUAAAGAUCACGUUACAUCUUCACUUUUCAGAAGUGGAGCAAGUAAAGCCUUAUGCUCUCCUCCUGUAUGCAGCCAGUCACAGGAAUUCGAUGAAAGCAAAUGUUUCACAUUGUGUCGAAAGAUAAACCUGACUUUGGCCUCUAAAAGCUGUCGAUCCUACAAAACCAUGGCCAUAAAAACCAUCAGAAUUCCUGAGAUCAACCAUAUGAGGACUCUAGUGGAGGAUCCAAGACUGAACCUUAAAAUAGUUCACCUCGUCAGGGACCCCAGAGCAGUACUGGCCUCAAGAUUAAGCACUUUUGGAGACAUAUAUAGAUCUUACCAUAUAUGGAACUCAUCAGGCCGAAAGCCUCACAACAUUGACCUGUCAGCAAUCAGGAACAUAUGUAUGGAUUACAGUAACUCAGUGGAAACUGCUUUCAGUAGACCUUCUUGGUUGAGAGGGAAGUAUAUACUGGUACGGCAUGAAGAUCUUGCUAAGGAUCCUAUCAAAAAAACCAAGGAAAUCUACAACUUUGUUGGCCUUCAUUGGAAGGAAGGUCUCUCGGCAUGGAUUGAGGAGAACACCAAUGCAACAGUUCCUCCUAAUCCUCACAAAUAUUCAACCAUCCGAAAAUCUGCAGAAACUGUGGAGAACUGGAGGCUACACUUGCAUUUCAGUAUAAUUCAAACUGUGCAAAUUAUAUGCAAUACCACCCUGUCCCAACUUGGUUAUCAAAUGGUCGACUCCAUCCACCAGCUGAGAAACCUUUCUCAUAGCCUUGUGGAACCAAGGGUAUUUCUACCAUUUAUCUAA